ACCAGCUGUGGCGAGGAGAAGCACACAAGGAUGAAUGAGGGUUUAUUCUGUGCUGCCUAACUGUAUCAGCAGGACAACCGUACAGUAUCCAGCUUGCCGAAAGAUUUGGGAAAAAGUAGCCCGCAUAAGGAAGCUUAUAAUUCAGAUGUUAAUACUACCGAAUCUUGGCUAUAUCAAGAGGAGGCGGAUAUUUUUCGCACUUCCAUCACGUAGCUAAACAGAUAACCGUGCAUACGAUCAUCGCCCGGAGACGUGAGUGACAUGGUUUUAAUGUUCAAGCCGAUGUCAAGGGACACAUUACCAACGGAAUAAUCACAAACGUCAGCAGUCGUUAAUAAAAACAAUAAUGUCUGACCAAUAUUGCCCUUCGGAACGCCCCAAAGUCACCAUGGAUGUCGAAUGCCAAUCCCGCCCUGGUUCGCAUCGACACCGCAUCUGUUGCCAUGACAGCAGAAGAAUAAUUCCUUGGAUGCUAUUUUCAUCCUUCGUAACAUUGACUGUCGUUCUUCUUGUUCUCUUCUUAGUUUUCAAAGAUGACCACCAUAUAUAUGCAAAGGAGCCAACAGGGUUGGAAGGCACCACCUCCAGUACUGAAACCAACGCCUCCUCGUCCGUUUGUGGACGUCGGGGAGAAGUUCCGCACGAUGGCAUUGACAAGCGGGUAUCGGGAGGGCGCCCUACCACCAUCGAGGCAUGGCCGUGGAUGGUAUCAUUGAGAGACGAGAAUGAUGACCACAUCUGUGGCGCCACAUUGAUCAGUGACCAAUGGCUACUCACUGCUGGACACUGCGUUUCCACGAUUACCAGCCGCCCUAUAGGUUACGUCACAAUGGGAGACACGUCCCUCUCGGAACCCUCAGAAUAUCAUGUGACAAGGGAAAGCUUAGAGACAUUCAUACAUCCCGAUUUCGACUCGUCCACUUUCGCCGAUGACAUCGCCCUCAUUCGAUUCGACCCACCGGUGUAUCAGAGCAGUGGGGUAUCGCCGGCCUGUUUAAACGAAGGCAGAAACGAACUCGACGAUUACGAGAAGUGUUACGUCACUGGAUGGGGAGCCACGUCUGUGUCACUCAUGGCAUCGAUGGUCUUACAGGAGGGCCGAACGCCCCUGGUACCACGGCAAAAUUGUUCCGAUGACUAUGGAACCCGACAUCAUGUGACGUCGGACAUGAUCUGCGCCAUCUCCCCUGACUGGGAGGUCGACACUUGCAAGGGUGACAGCGGCGGUCCAUUGGUGUGCCAUGACAGUAUUAGUAAUGCCUGGUCUGUUGUUGGGGUGACCAGCUUUGGUUACGGCUGCUGGAAUCCAGGUGCCCCUGCUCCGGGCGUAUACUCUCGUGUAUCCAGCUACUUCGACGAUUUCAUCAUGAAGAUCAUCGACGCUGAAUCCCGUAGAUGACGAUGAUAUCGACGUGCAUCACCUCGUCAGAGAAUGCUGAUUGAUGGGGGGCUUAUAUACAUUUUAAAAACUGAGGUGUCAACACUGACAUCAGUUGGUGUCUAUAGUAGACCACACCAAAAGGUGAUGAAAGUGCACCCUAGCGUUUGAAAAUAACACCAAAGUGUGUUAGUUUAACAGAAAUGAGAGUUUUAAUACAUUGGAUAUUGAAAUUACACCACGAAAUCACCUUCAGUGUAAAAUGACUGGUGUGGUCCUGUACGGUGUCUAUGUACACCAGUCAACACCUCAGUUUUUGUUGUGUAGGAAGUCUACCAAGACCAUUAGCUUUACACGCGCAUAUACC